GAACCGCGACCGCCUCCCCCUGUGUGAGUAAGCAGAAGCAGAACCAGUGCAGAAGCAGAACCCCACGGCUAUGGAAGAGCCACGAUUUCAAAAUUAAACCUCCUAACUUGUUAGUUAGCUUAGCCCAAAUAAAUAACAACAUCUCACCUUAUUCCUCCGCAGCCUCCAAAAGCCACAUUCAUAUUCUUCUCUUUGCUCUUUAAUCUCUUCCAAAUGCAUUGGAAGAACCAAUUCAUAAACCCUAAACACUAAACCUUUUUGUUCAUGGCUUUUAAAUGAGAAAAUUCACACCCCUUUUCACUAUUCUCCACCAUAAACAUAACCAUAACCAAAAACUUAACCUUUUUCAUCUUUUCCUUAAACCCUUUUCUUCUCUCUCUUCACCUUCCUCUCUCAACCAUCAAAAACCUGAUCUUGAUCUUCCUUCACAGAUCUUUACCAUUCUCUCGCAACCCCAAUGGCGAAAAAACCCUUCUUUUAACACCUUAAUCCCUUCUUUAACCCCAACCCAUCUCUCUUAUCUCUUCAACAAACCUAAUCUUGACCCUCUCACUGCCUUAAACUUCUUCAAAUGGAUCAAUUACGAACAUGGUUUCGUUCACACUGUUCAUUCAUACCAAUCCCUUCUUUUGAUUCUUGUUCGUAAUGGGUUUCUUAAUGUUGCAGAAAAUGUUCGAAAUUCUAUGAUUAAAACAUGUGGUUCAUCAGAAGAAGCAAGGUUUGUUUUGAACUUUUUGUGUCAAUUGAACACAACUGAUUUUAAGCUUUCUGUUACUUCGUAUAAUAGGUUACUUAUGUUGUUGUCACGGUUUGGUUUGAUUGAUGAAUUGGAUUGUUUGUUUAAGGAUAUGUUGGAUGAUGGGGUUUUGCCUAAUUUGAUUACUUUUAAUACUAUGUUGAAUGGUCAUUGUAAGAUUGGGAAUGUGUUUGUGGCUGAGGUUUAUUUUGGUGGGUUAAUAAAGAGUGGUUUUUGUUGCGAUACGUUUACGUAUACUUCAUUGAUAUUGGGUUAUUGUAAAAUUCAUGAAUUGGAGAGUGCUUAUAAGGUGUUUGAGAUAAUGCCACAAGUGGGUUGUCGGAGGAAUGACGUUUCGUAUACUAAUCUUAUUCAUGGUUUUUGUGAAGCUGGAAAGAUUGAUGAGGCUCUCAAGUUGUUUUUUCAAAUGAAGGAGGAUGGUUGUUUUCCGACUGUGAGAACUUAUACGGUUCUUGUAGCUGCGUUCUGUGAGUUGGGGAAGGAGACGGAAGCUUUGAAUUUUUUUGAGGAGAUGGUGGAAAGAGGUUGUGGACCUAAUGUUUAUACUUACACUGUGUUGAUUGAUUAUUUCUGCAAGGUGGGUAGGAUGGAUGCGGGGAUGGAAAUGUUGCAUAGAAUGUUGGAGAAAGGUUUGGCUUCUAGUGUUGAACCAUUUAAUGCCUUGAUUCAUGGGUAUUGCAAACAGGGAAUGAUGGAGGAUGCUGUCCGUGUUUUGGGUUUGAUGAAGUCAAAAAAAGUUUAUCCAAAUGCUCGUACUUAUAACGCACUAAUUUGUGGGUUUUGUGGAAUAAAAAGCAUGGACAGGGCGAUGGUGUUGCUUAAUAAAAUGUUUGAAAACAAGCUGUCGCCAAACCUCAUCACAUAUAACACUUUAAUUCACGGGCUGUGUAAAGCGGGUGUGGUAGAUAGCGCUUGGCGGCUGUAUCAUUUGAUGAUUAAAGAUGGCUUCAUUCCUGAUCAGAGGACUUUUUGUGCUUUUAUAGACUGCCUCUGUAGAAUCGGAAAAGUAGGAGAAGCACAUCAGGUCUUUGAGUCCCUCAAGGAAAAUCAUGCCGAAGCAAAUGAGUUUGUAUACACAGCCUUGAUUGACGGAUACUGCAAGGCUGGGAAAAUUGAUGAUGCCCACUUAUUCUUCAAAAGGAUGCUUGCUGAGGGGUGUUUACCAAACCCUGUUACGUUCAAUGUAUUGUUAGAUGGCUUGCGCAAAGAGGGGAAAGUGGAAGAUGUGAUGUUGUUGAUGGAUGCCAUGGGAAAGUUUGAUGCGAAGCCUACUGUUUAUACAUAUACAAUUCUGAUUGAGGAAAUAUUGAGGAAAAGUGACUUUGAUCGCGCAAAUAGGUUUCUCGACCAAAUGAUUUCAUCUGGAUGUCAGCCUAAUGUGGUCACAUAUACUGCAUUUAUUAAAGCAUAUUGCAGCCAAGGAAGAUUACAGGAAGCUGAAGAGAUGGUGGUCAAGAUUAAAGAAGAAGGCAUAUUGCUUGACUCCCUGAUCUAUGAUUUAUUAAUUAAUGCAUAUGGAUGUAUAGGACAACUAGACAAUGCAUUUGGUGUUCUCAAACGCAUGUUUAAUUCUGGUUGUGAGCCUUCACGUCAAACAUACUCCAUCCUAAUGAAGCAUCUAACGAACGAAAAACAAAAGAAGGAAGGCACGGGAUUUGAUUUUAAUUCAACUAAUAUUUCAGUCGAUAAUGCUGAUAUAUGGAAGAUAGCUGACUUUGAAAUCAUAACUGUGCUAUUUGAGAAAAUGGUGGAACAUGGCUGUUUGCCUAAUGUUAACACUUAUAGCAAGCUUAUUAAAGGACUUUGCAAAGUGGAACACUUGUGCACAGCCUUUAGGUUGUUAAAUCAUAUGAGAGAAAGUGGAAUAUCUCCCUCAGAAAACAUCAAUAAUUCUCUUCUAAGUUGUUGCUGCAAGUUAGGAAUGCACAAAGAAGCAUUGAGAUUGCUGGAUUCUAUGAUGGAGUGUAACCAUUUAGCACAUCUAGAAUCCUAUAAGCUUCUCAUUUGUGGGCUAUUUGAACAAGGUAACAAAGAGGAGGCUGAAGCAAUUUUUUGUAGCUUACUAAGUUGUGGAUAUAAUUAUGACGAAGUGGUUUGGAAAGUCCUAAUUGAUGGUUUAGCUAAGAAGGGUCAUGUUCAUGAGUGCUCACAAUUGUGGGAAAUUAUGGAGAAAAAUGGUUGUCGUAUACAUUCUGAGACGCAAACUAUGUUAAGUCAGGAACUGGAUGGAACUUGAUGCAAUGAUUGUUUAUUUUUUCGUGGAAUUGAACAUGGAAAAGGAUUCCUCCCAUUGAUAAUUAUUUUUUUGAGGAGUCUGGCUAAGGUUGUUGUACAGAGUAAUACCUGAAAUUUCAUAAACAUACUUAUUUAUGAGUCUGGUUAAGGAUUCCUCCCAUUAAUACAUUCUAAACAUACUUACAACGUUUCAGUAAAUGAGGUGCGAGCAACUCUUUUCUACGAUUGCAGUGACAGUUAACUGUCACAGACCAUUGUAACUUAACUGUGACACUCACCCAGACGUAGCAGAAGACCAAGAGGUAUUCUAUUCUUUGCAACUAUUGUGAGUUGUGACCAACAGCGGAAGCUGUGGUAAGACAACCCAGCAAUUUUUAGUUCAAUCAUGCUACUAUGGUUGCAGACUCUAGAAUGUAUUUUUGUUGAAGAUCCAUUGUAUUGCCAUCCAUUUCAAAUGCAAAGUUGUUGCUGCAGUAAAUGGCAGCCUAAUAAUAUCCUUCCACUAUCAUGUCACGAUUCUUCUAACAAAUUCUUCACAAACCUGUGUACAAUUUGUCCAACAUAUUUGAGGAGUUGAAUACAAAAAAAGGUCUGCAAUAACUAUUGAAGAUAAAAAGUUUUGAUAGAAAAUUACUUCAUACAAGAGUCAUCAAUGAUAAGCUGAAAUUUAUUUUGUUUAUUAGGUUUGUGUUCUGCAUUAGUAUGGUUAGCAUUUUGGGUGAAGCAAGUGAGUAAUUUGAUCAUUUUAUUUUGAUCUAUAACACGCAACAUUCGGAGGGGCUUUUUUUGGUUUUUUGGUAUGAACAAUGCACGGACUUACCCAACUUUUUGUUUGUUGAGUUCAACUUUUAUUUAGAAGAGCGGGGUGAAAGCAAUGUUUUAAACAUCAAACUGAACUGUUCAAUCAGUUGACUUGAGCGGUUCGAUUGUAGUUUCGUCUGAUUUGAGCGGUUUAAAGACAUUAAUUGGAUCAAAGCUUAAAAGAAUAGAGUUCUUGAAAAUCAUGAUCACAUAGGUUCUAAUACCAUGUUGAAAGAUACAGUUAUUGAGAAGUGUUGUGUGUAUGGGUUGCACACAUGAUCUCAUAUAACUUGAUCACUAUCAAUAAGUAGAGUCAUUUGGAUUUAGGAGUUCAUUAGAAGCUUACUAGCAGCCUAAGUAAUAUCAGUAGCUGGCUUGUUAGAAUAUACUAAACGCUAUUAUAUGUGAAAUUUGCAAUAGAUAUUUAUAAUUAAGGACGACAGAGGAGUCCUUGUUUAGUCUAAUCAUUGUGGCCUCGGCUUAGUUAUUAUAUGGACUACUCUAGUUCAUCUACUGUCAAAAAAAUGUUAUAUUUAGGGAUUGAGAUCCCCUACCUUGAAUGACUAGGUAUUUUUAGGAAAGGGAAAUAACAUGAGAAAGAGUGUGUUAUUGGAGAUAGACAGAAAUGUAGAGGGAAGUUCGGAGUUCCCUCUAUAAAGUUAGACAAUCCCAACCCUAUAUUUAAACCUAUCUAUGUUACUGAUUUGAUGCUCAUUGCAACAUCAUAUUACUAGGCAUAACCCACUUUAGG